AUGACCGUCAAUCGAGAAACAACAGUGCCAUUCCACCUCAAACUCUUCUAUCACAAACAUGCAUACCACACUCUGAACGACUUUCCUAUCCCGACACCGACUGGACCCAACAGCAACAAUCAUCUACCUCCUCAUCUCGAGAUCUACACUUGGCAGUCAUGUACGCUGCGCGAGCUGUCCAGCCUCCUCGCCGGCGCAUUACCUUCGCAAUUGCCCAGUCCGCAAUCUGGCACGAGGCUUUGCUUCCGACUUAUAUACCCAGAUACUCGCGGCGCAGCGACAGAAGGGCGAGGACGCUACCUGUCAAAGGAUAUUGGAAGUGUUAUUCUGGGACAAUCCUCAAAAGAUGAAAGCACCGCCGACGACGCGCAUAUGAAUGGCGACAGACGACGAGGUCCCGACAAGGGUCCCCUUCGUCUAGAUGAAGCAGAUAAGACAUUGGCAGAUGCACGGUUCGUCAUCGGGGACUACGUGGACGUUGCAAUCCUACCGCCGCUCGAUGAUGGCAGUGUUGCGCCGCCGGUGCAAGGAGGAAGAGGCCCGCCUGGCGGUCCGCUCGGAGGAGGCAUGAGGGCUUUUGGGCCACCUCGCGACAACGGUGGCAGGAGAGGAGGCAUGGGGAGAGGAAAUGGUAUCCCUAGCGGCGACUGGAAGAGAGGCGAAAGACUACCAGCAGAGGAACGGGGAGGCGGAUGGCCACGGCGAAGGGGGGGUUACUAA